GUUGCUCACAGAGCCAAGAGAGCUGGGGGGAGCUUACUCGGGCUAUCAUAGCCAUUGCUGCAUACUGUCCCAGUGAUGCCUUCUCUCCCCAACUUUUCAUCCAGAGGUUAGAGACAGAACAGCACGCCCAAGAGGUCCUUUUUUCUUCCGUUUUUUUUAAGUUUCCCAUCCUGACUUUCUUCCAUGACUCCAUACGUGUUCGGACUACCGUUAGCGUUUCGGGCGGCGAAGAUAAGAUAAUGAACUUUGGACUUUCCACACGGCUUUUCGUGGCACGUUUCCCGUCGUCCUGGAUAGAAUAAAAUAACAACGUAGCCCGGCGUGGCGGCAGCUGGGCGAAAAUUCAACUGGAAGGGAAAAUAGCGCACUCGUCCAAGUGAAAAUCCAGAGACGGGAACAACUUUAACCCUGAUACUAUUACAGCGGAGUAACAGAGGAAAAUGUCCUCCAAAGCUUCAAAUAAGAGUGCAGCUAUGGAGGAAACUGUCAUAUGGGAGCAGCACACAGUGACCCUUCACAGGGCUCCUGGAUUUGGGUUUGGUAUCGCCAUCUCAGGUGGGCGAGACAAUCCUCACUUCCAGAGUGGAGAGACGUCCAUUGUGAUAUCUGAUGUGUUGAAAGGAGGUCCUGCAGAGGGCUUAUUGCAAGAAAAUGACAGAGUUGUUAUGGUCAAUGCCGUCUCUAUGGACAAUGUAGAGCAUGCAUAUGCUGUUCAACAACUUCGCAAGAGUGGGAAAAAUGCAAAGAUAACCAUUCGUCGGAAAAGGAAAGUACAAAUUCCAGCCUCUAAGCCAGGUGACAGGGAGACGGUGUCUGAGCAUGAGGAAGAAUACACAGAUGAAGAUGAAACCUAUCCGCAUCACAGUGACCGGGCUGGUCAAAGUGCCUCUGGAGGUGCAAGCGGGGGCACCAGUAAGCGUCAUGACCGCGGGAGGCGAGAACACAGUGCCUCCCGCGACAAGAGUAACUCGCCGCGAUCUGACCGCCGAUCACAAAGCUCAUCUGCUCCAUCUAAGCCUUCCAAGGUCACACUUGUCAAAUCUCGCAAAAACGAAGAAUAUGGCCUGCGGCUGGCCAGCCACAUCUUUGUGAAAGACAUCUCUCCAGAGAGCCUUGCUGCCCGAGACGGAAACAUUCAGGAGGGAGAUGUUGUACUUAAGAUCAAUGGCACCGUUACAGAGAACCUCUCACUGAUAGAUGCCAAGAAGCUGAUUGAGAGGUCAAAGGGCAAGCUGAAGAUGGUGGUGCAGAGAGAUGAAAGAGCCACGCUGCUCAACAUUCCUGACCUUGAUGAUAGCAUCCCAUCGGGCAAUAAUUCAGACAGAGAUGACAUUUCAGAGAUACAUUCAUUGACAUCAGACCAUUCCAACCGAUCCCACGGGAGAGGUCGAUCAAGGUCACCUGACAGGCCAGAAACAGCGGACCACCUCCGUUACUCUCCUCGGCAGAUGAGCAAUGGCAGUCAUCGGAGUCGAGAAGAGGAUCGCAUAUCUAAACCAGGGGUCAUGUCCACACCAGUCAAAAGCUUUGAUGACGGUGUGGGGUCUCAGGCCAGUGACCAGGCCAGCUCCAGAGAUGACAAACAGUUACCUCCGCUGCCUGAACCAAAGCCAGUGUAUGCACAGCCUGGUCAGCCCGACGUGGACCUGCCUGUCAGCCCGUCUGAUGCCCCAGUGCCCAGUGCUGCUCAUGAUGACAGCAUUCUCAGACCAAGUAUGAAGCUGGUCAAGUUCAAGAAGGGAGAGAGCGUUGGUCUGCGGCUAGCAGGCGGGAACGACGUGGGAAUUUUUGUGGCCGGAGUUUUAGAGGACAGUCCAGCUGCCAAGGAGGGGCUGGAGGAGGGAGACCAGAUUCUCAGGGUGAAUAAUGUGGACUUUGCAAAUAUCAUCAGAGAAGAAGCGGUCUUGUUUUUGUUGGAUCUUCCAAAAGGAGAUGUUGUUACCAUUCUGGCUCAGAAAAAGAAGGACGUCUAUCGGAAGAUAGUUGAAUCAGAUGUGGGUGACUCUUUUUACAUUCGGACACACUUUGAAUAUGAGAAAGAGUCUCCAUAUGGACUGAGCUUCAACAAGGGGGAGGUGUUCCGUGUGGUAGACACGCUUUACAACGGUAAACUAGGCUCAUGGCUCGCCAUCCGCAUCGGCAAGAACCACCAGGAAGUGGAAAGAGGCAUCAUCCCAAACAAGAACAGAGCUGAACAGCUGUCCAGUGUGCAGUACACCCUUCCAAAAACACCUGGGGGGGACAGGGCCGACUUCUGGAGAUUCAGAGGUUUGCGAAGUUCCAAGAGAAAUUUACGGAAAAGCAGGGAUGACUUGUCGGCCCAGCCUGUUCAGACCAAAUUCCCUGCCUACGAGAGGGUUGUGCUGCGUGAAGCUGGGUUCCUGAGGCCUGUGGUCAUCUUUGGGCCGAUUGCAGAUGUGGCCCGAUCUAAAUUAGCCAGAGAGGAGCCAGACAUUUUUGAACAAGCAAAAACACAGCAACAACAAGGAGGAGAAAAGAGUGAACCGAGAGACGCUGGAACGGACCAGAAAAGCUCCGGCAUCAUCCGCCUGCAUACCAUCAAACAGAUCAUCGACAGAGACAAGCAUGCAGUGCUGGACAUCACUCCUAACGCAGUGGACCGUCUGAACUAUGCUCAGUGGUAUCCCAUAGUGGUGUUUCUGAACCCAGAUAGUAAGCAGGGCGUCAAGACCAUGAGGACCCGCCUGUGCGCCGAGUCCAGGAAGAGUGCGAGAAAGCUAUAUGAACGAGCCCUGAAACUAAGAAAGAACAACCACCACCUCUUCACCACCACUAUUAACUUGAACAGCAUGAAUGACGGCUGGUUCGGAGCACUGAAAGAAACGAUCCAGCAGCAACAGAACCAGCUGGUGUGGGUUUCAGAAGGAAAGGCUGAUGGGGCAGGUGACGAUGACCUGGACAUCCAUGACGACCGCCUGUCCUACCUGUCGGCGCCGGGUAGCGAGUAUUCCAUGUACAGCACCGACAGCCGCCACACCUCGGACUACGAGGACACGGACACGGAAGGAGGAGCGUACACCGACCAGGAGCUGGACGAAACACUAAACGACGACGUGGGUCCGCCUACGGAGCCCGCCAUCACCCGCUCCUCUGAGCCCGUCCGCGAAGACACGCCUGUCAUCCAGGAGCCUCCAGGCUACGCUGCCUACCCACACUCACUGCAGCCGGACCCCUUGAACCACAUCGACCCGGCUGGGUUCAAGGCACCAGCGCAGCAGCAGAAAGCAGAGGCUGCUGUCACACCUAGCAUCUCCCAGCAGGCUGAGCCCCUGGCUGAGGCAGCGCCCCCUGCUGGCGACGUUACUGUAAAAACUGUAGAGGCUCUGAGGCCUGAUGAUGCUCCUGCAGCCCCUUACAACAGGCCAAGCCCCAACCCAGAGGCUGGCUCUCUUAGGAGGCCCACCCCUGAGCUAGCCCCUAAGAGCAUCACACCAGAACCUCUACAGUCUGGACUGGCCGGUUCGGAUCCAAAGAUGUUUCAGAAGGAUCCAUACAGCAUGGACAACACGGGGAGAAUCAGCAACAGCAUGAAGCCGGUGAAUUACAGCGCCCAGCAGCCAUACAGAGAUUACGACCAUCCGCCCAGUCGGUAUGAUGUCGGCAGCAGUGGAGGUGGUUUUCCAGAACCAAAGUACCGGAACAAUGAUCACAUCCCGCUCUAUGAGAACAGCGUGCCUCACUAUGACCAGCAGCAGUGGAACCCCUACAGCCAGCCUCACUCGACUGCCAAUGCCCAGGCCUAUGACCCCCGUCUGCCUUACAGUGACGGUCCUGAUGCACAGUACACCCCCCCUCUGCGCUUUGACGAGCCCCCACCUCAGCAAGGGUUUGAUGGGCGGCCUCGUUACGGUAAACCGACGGGUCCAGGACCUGUUCGUUAUGACGACCUUCCAGGUCUUGCAUUAGGGACUGAUCUGCGUUACGACCCAGAUUCUCACCUGGGCCCGUACCCCUCAGCUGUUCAGCGACCUGCCUAUAACCAGGGACCAGGGUCGCACCUGAGGGGCUACAAGCCUCAGCAGUACGACCCUGCUCCGGGAAACUUUGAAACCAGCCUCACACCUCCACCUAAAGCAGAUGCCCCUUCGCCUUCGCCUGUGGAGACACUGAGGCCUGUUCCUGUCAGAGAUGAGCCUCCGGAGGAAGACCCCGCCAUGCGGCCUCAGUCGGUCCUGACGAGGGUCAAGAUGUUUGAGAACAAACGUUCUGUUUCCAUGGACCGAGCCAGAGAUGCAGGGGACUCUUCUAUGAACAAGGCAGGUGAUUUACCUCUGAAACCAGGUGGAGUGAUCCCUAAAGCAAAUUCUUUAAGCAACCUUGAUCAAGAGAAGACCUUUAGAGCCCCAGAGCCUCAGAAGCCACAGCCCAAGGUAGCUGAUGACAUUGUGCGCUCCAACCAUUACGAUCCUGAAGAGGAUGAGGACUACUACAGGAAACAGCUGUCUUACUUUGACAGACUUCAGGCUGGCCCUAACAAGCCCCAAGCACAAACGGCCCACGGCUACCCCAGGACGGAGUCCAUAGAGAAACCGAGUCCACUGGAGAAAACGUAUGAACCAGUUCCCCAGGUGACUCCAUCACUGUCACCAUCCACACUGCCUAAACCAGCAUCUGAAGCUAAGCCUCAUGCCCGAGAGAACACUGUCCAGACCAGCUUCCUGCCUCAGAAAAGUUUCCCUGAGAAGUCUCCGGUCAACGGGACAAGCGAACAGCCUCCAAAGACUAACCCUAGCUCUGGAGCGCCAUCUACCUACAACCGCUUUGUUCCCAAGCCCUUCACCACGUCUGCCAAACCUUUUGCCCGCAUGUUUGACAGUCCUAAGUUCAACCACAACCUUCUGCCCAAUGAUAAAUCUGACAGCGCUCCAAAGACCCACAGCUCCAGUCCGGUGAAGCCUCAGAUACUCCCGCAGCCUCAGAACAUAGACCAUGAUAGCGGUGUAGACACCUUCAGCCGCACUGUGGACAGUCGCCCCAAAAGCCAACAGAACAACAUCAAUGCUGUGCCCAAGGCCAUCCCUGUGAGUCCCAGUGCCCUGGAUGAGGAUGACGAUGAGGAUGAGGGCCACACUGUGGUUGCAACAGCUCGCGGUAUCUUCAACUCCAACGGUGGGGUUCUGAGCUCCAUCGAGACGGGCGUCAGCAUCAUUAUCCCACAGGGGGCCAUCCCCGACAGUGUAGAGCAGGAGAUCUACUUUAAGGUGUGCCGAGACAACAGCAUCCUGCCGCCGCUUGACAAGGAGAAAGGAGAGACUUUGCUCAGCCCUCUGGUGAUGUGUGGACCUCAUGGACUCAAGUUUUUGAAGCCCGUGGAGCUCCGCCUACCUCACUGUGCGUCUAUGACCCCUGAUGGUUGGUCUUUUGCUCUAAAAUCCUCCGACUCCUCGUCGGGCGACCCUAAAAGCUGGCAGAACAAGUCUGUCCCCGGAGACCCCAACUACCUGGUGGGAGCCAACUGUGUGUCGGUGCUCAUCGACCACUUCUAAAGGACGGGCCAGCGGCUGGGAUCUUACUGAGUGUGGACCCACGGAGGGCGGAGCAGCAGUGAAAAUGAAGGCGAUGAACUUGCAUAUAAAAACACACACACACCACAUAAUGAAGUGUGGAGAGCCAGUCAGUGCUGUUUACUGCACCCACAAAUGAAGGCGAAACCUGCAUUAUUGAUACGAACAGUUGGUUAAAAUGUGUCCUGGAUUUGAAGUUUUGAUGUGAAGUAAAAGCUUUGAUGCAUGCCUCCGCUUAGUCAAGAUCACACCAUAGAUGAAGCAGUGUUUCAUGUCAUUGUAGACAUAAAUAUCGCUGGACGGGUGAUUCUCGAGGCAGCUUGUGGGCUUCAGAAACGUGUCGGUGUAUUCAUGUUGUAAAUGCAUACACAUAUAGAGAAGAUUUACUAAACUAGUACUUAUAACCGAGUUCAGGGGACAGAACAUGAAGAAGAAUGGCCACCCUGAUGACGAAGGUUUGGGACAGGUGCAGGUGUUUGAAGGAGCUGGUGAGGAACCCCAACAGCACACUUUAAAGACAUUCUGUUCUUCCUCUUUCUAUAAUAACCCGGUAACUUGCGUUCCUCUUUAGCACCUCGUCUCUCCUUCCUGCCUGAGGGAGAUCUAUGCAUGUUCUUUACUCAGGUCCAGUAGCCUCCUCCCAUCUGUCUCUCAUUUCCUCUCAACACUCUUGCACUCACACACAAAUAAGCAGUGAUGCCUUAUCUGCAGAUUAUUCACUUUUCAUUAAGAGAAUAACAUAAGUUAUGAUAAAUUAUGGUAUAAUGUCAUUUGUUUUGCCAUUUUUGUGAACCCACUGUAUAAAUAAACCUGGGUUUAGCACACAGUAAUGGUUAAUAAAAAUAACAACGGUAAGCUCUUCUUUUAUCUGCUAUGCAUUACUGAAACAAACACAACAGAUAAGAAGUAGCUGUAAAUAAACUGAGCAUAUUGCCUUGUUUCUUUUGUUUGUAAAUGUACUUUUUGUAUGGUUUUUUUUGUAUAAAACUUAAGAGAAAACAGGUUUUAAAAAAGCAGAAUACCCUGAAGCCUUGCAAUUGUAACCAACAAUAACACAUCACACCUUUUCUACCAAUAUGUUGACACUGUGUUCAAGUACUUUUAUUCAUUUGAGGAUCAAAUAAGUACUUCAGCUAAAAUGCAAUAAAACAUGUCCUGAAAGGGUGUGCUCUCGGACUGUCCCCCUCUUCCUCGCUGAUUUUGUCAUACUGGAUGCUAUAUUGUGUGCCCUUAUAUGUAUUUUUGUACUAAUAGACACUAUAUUAUGUAUGGCACACCAGUACUGUUUUAUUUUUAGACAUAACACAGCUUUAAUUUGGAUAUUAGCUCUUCACGUGUGGCUGACUUUUUUUUUUCUUCUCUUUUUGACACAAUUUUAAGUAUACCACUGUAUUAAUGAAUAAAAUCCUUUUUAAAAUAUUA